AUGCAUCAUGCUUCUUGGUUCGAUUCCGAACGUAUUCAACCUUCAAAACUGUUGUCUAAUAUAGGACGUUCAUCGCAAAUACCUCAUCCAACACAGCUGUCAUCUUCUGCAGUGUCAUUUUCUUCCGAAUCUAAGCGAAAAGAACAAUCUCCAUUAUUGAAAUUAAACAGCGUCGUAAAUUCGCGUUUUAAGCCUAAGAAAAUACAAAAUGAUCAUUUCUCAUUGCAAAACUCCUCGGUACCAACAUCUUCGUUUACGCCGCUGCCUGUGUCUCCAAUAGGAAGAGAAAAUUAUUUAUCUGUUUCACAAAUUACUAAUGUAACAUCAUCUUCGGCGGUUAACGUGUUAAAAAAUCAUUGUGCAGUAAUCAAUUGCACAAGUCAGUAUUCUGAUAAACAAAAGCAUUUUUAUUUUGUCCCAUUUCCAUCCUGCACUCCUGAACUUGAACAAUUUGUACGACGUAUGAAAAUAAAUAGUGAACGACUUCCUGAUGAACCAACAGGUGUCUACAUUUGCUCAAGGCAUCGUUAUCCUCUUUAUUUGAAUACACAUCGAAAGCCUGGAUUACCCAUAAUGCCCACAACUACUCAUGGUAUUAAAAAUGGUAUUGAUCAUGUUUUAUUUCUACCAAAACCGUGGCAUACUCUAUGCUGUAUGAAAGGAUGUAUAAAUAACGAUUUAGUACAUCGUUUAUCAUCAGCAACAUUUGUUCGAGUUCCAAGAGUUCCUAUUAUUCAACGUAAUGCAUUUUUACGUUUAAUUGGAAAUACUGAUAUUGAUCAAGACGAAUUCGUAGUGUGUGACAGACACUUUCCAAUGUCAAUGAGACAUAAUAAUAUUCUUACAUCAUUAGCUGUGCCACAAACUCGCGUCGGUCAAAUGAAUCAGAAAUUAACUGUAAAUAAACUUAAACAUACAUCAUCGAAAACAAUGACAUCAACAUCUUUCGAACAGCAACAUUAUAUUAGAGAUAAAGAAGAGAUUCGAAAGGUGAAAACGAAGUCAUCCGAGUGUACAUCACCAAAAUCCACGGUUUCAAGUGCACAGAAUGUUACUAAAUCAACAACUUCAAUCGUUAAUUAUUCUCAUCCGUAUGAUUGUCUCAUAACUUCUGUUGAAUCCAGUAUUGAUUUAAAACGUUCGAUAUCGUCUCCAUUAGUGUCAACAACUGCUACGCCACUAAAUCCUGUAAGACCCAUAACACAGCACAUCCAACGUUCGACUAAGAGAUCAACAUCACAAUCAAAAAAAUAUCGUUCGAUUAAUACUUCAACGACAACAAUGGAAAAACAACAAAACUUUAUUCCUUCUUCACCUACUUCAUCGAUAUCUCCACGUUAUAUGCUUUUACUUCCAGCUCAAAUGCAAUCUCCAUUGAUAGCCACUGAAUCUACUUCUGUUCAGUCUCAGAAUAAUUUUAAUUGUAGUAAUGAGAAUACAACAUAUUCUCUUGCGCCUUCAGUCAUUUAUCCAAUGCAAAAAAAAUUGCGUACAAUUCGACCGAAUCCUGUUCAAGACUCGUCAUUAGUGACAACACCAAACUUUUCGCCAAAUAAUAGUGCGCCAGUACCGCUAAAAAGAUUGACUCCACCAUCAAAUAGUUUAACAGAAAAUUUACGAAUAAAACUUGAGCGAAAACGGACGCAUACUGGCCAACAUCUACAAAGUUCAUAUGAUCAUCCGCUGACUUCUACUUCCACCACUGAUAUAAAUCAAUGGGAUAAAAUAAAGACAUCUUCACAUAAGAUUACCACUAUGAAUGCUCUUUCUGCCCGUCAAUUAAAAACAAAUCCUACGCUAUUUGAACAAAUUAAAACCAACAAUGAAAGUAUUUUAAGUGUAAGUGACCGUGUAUCAGCACGUGUUAAGAGUAAACGUCAACGACUACCGAAACGAGCUAUAGUAAUAUCAACAGAUAAUGAACAAAAUGAGGUAACAGAAAUGAACAAUCAAGAACAUCAUCGUCAAAGAUCACCAUCACCAUCAUCAUUAUCAAAUCACUCUCAAUCUGUCGAAACAGCAACCGAUAAUACCACGUCACGAGAGAAAGAUUUCAAUAAGAUCCAGUCAAAUGAGAAGAAUGAACAACCAAAGAUAUUUUCGUCUGUUUGUGGAAACGAUAAGAGUUUAUCAGAAUCUAUUUUAUCAAAAGAAAAAAAAGUUAAUAAACUCAUUAGUAAAAUACGUUAUCGUAGUUAUAAACUGAAAUUAACACGUCUGAAGUUGAAUUGUGAAUUGAUAAGAAAUGCUCGAAUAGCUCAACGGAGAAAAGAACGUCAAUAUCAACUAUUAUUUGACACAAGUCCAAUUCUUGUGGAAAAAACUGUAUUUGAUAAGACUACUAUAAUUACAAACAAUAACAACGAUUAUACUUCUCAAUGGCUGAAUUCAAACAAUCUCGAAUUGACUGAAGGUUAUUUAUCUAAAAUGAAAUUUGCCUCGAUUUGUUAUCAAACAACGGCUCUGUUAGAUACAGACUUUCACUUAUUGUUGACUAAUCUAUAUUAUCCAGAUUUAGAUAAACAAACAGAGUGUUCAUUAUCGUCAUCAGCGAACGGUAUUUUGUGUAAUCUAUGUCGACGACAGUAUGAAACGGUUGAAACAUUUGACAUGCAUUUAGCGAGAAAAAGUGUCAUCAUUCAAUAUUUAUGUGUAGCAUGUAAUUUACAUAUACGUUCUGUGAAUCCUUGUCAAGCAUAUUAUCAUUUGAAUUGUCAUACAGGAUUGCAAGAUUUAAGCAUUAAAGAACUAGUAUUUGAACAAUUGGAGAUCGAAACACAACAAUAUUUUAAUCAGUUCAAGAUAAGGAGUGAUGAUGACAGUGAAAAUGAAAAGAUAGUAUCAUCUUGGAAGAAUAAUACGUUAGAACAAAAGAGUGUCGAUGAUCAUAUUAUUAAUGAUAUAACUCCAAUGGAAAUAACUUCUAAAACUGACAGUAAUUGUCAAUCGACAAUAAUUGAGGAGCCAAAACCACGUCAUACCUCGGAUAAUACCCUCUAUUGGACAUGUAUGUUAUGUAAACUACGUUUUGGUAGUCGUGAUGCGCUCAAACUUCACAUGUUCUCUUCUCAUAAACAAAAACAAACACAAUUUGAGGAGAAAGAGGUCGAUACAUCAAAUAGUUUGAAUAAGACUAUGAAUAAUAAUCGAUUAAAUUGCCAAGUAUGCAAUUUAGAUUUUACCGAUCCAAUCGAUUAUAAUCGUCAUAUACGACGGCAUGGCAUGUAUUUUUUACAAACAAAGAAAAAUAUGUAA